UGAAGCUCCGGGCACUGCAGCUUUUCCAGUUCUGUUAUUACCUUACUUAUCGCCGCUGCGCACUACUCGAGCACCGCCGUCCUCGCCGUGCGUGCUGGAUCAGGCAGAACAGCAUCACGUCGUACACCGGCUGCAGUGCGCUCCAUCCGCCAGCCUUGCGCUCCCUUCACCAACGCCACGUCCCAGCCUUCUGCAAAACAACCUUUUCCGCAGACUGGUUCCUCGCUCGUGACAUGCAUUAAAUCUCCGACAACCAUCCGCGCAUCUCCCUCCCUCCUCGACGCUGGCUAGCAGUCCUUCCGUUCGCGACUCGCAGGCAUCGCAAUGACCAUGAAGCUGAACAGGGCCAAAAGCAGCACCCGGCUCGCCAAAGCCCCGCAAACGCAGACGCAAGAUGUCACCUUCAGAGCCUCCAUCGACGACCUGCGCCACCCGGACGGCCGAGAGUCCCUCCGACAACACUUCACCGGUGCCUUUCCAGAGACCCGAGCUCGUCGCCCCUCCAUCUCCCCCAUGUACAGCUUCGACGCAGACCACAAGAGCAACUUGACCCGAUCCACUUCGCACGCCGCUACAAGUCACACCUCCCUCGAUGUGCCGACUCCUUCGUCAGACAGCCUGCGCAGUAAUGAAAUACAGAGGCUAUCCACCGUGCGCGAAUCUCGCUCGCCCAUCGAUAUCUCUCAAGCCAUUCAGCUGUUGGAGGAGAUCAAGAAGACGGCCACCGCCGCAGAGUUGGUUGCGCUGCACAAGGCUCUGCUGCCCAGGAGGGAAUCUGCUUUACCAAGUCCUAGAUUACCAUCGCCCGCACAGGAAUACUUCUCAGGCACUCCACCCGGCGGCUUCACCAGGAUGUCGUCCAUGCUCCCUCCCGGUAUCGCCACCCGGGAUGCCUCUCAUGAUCCCCUAAAGACUCCCGAAGUGGCUGCCGCGGAAUCCCAGCAGCGUCGCCUUUCCAAACGCCAGUCGAAGAAAGAAAGUCUUCGAGCUCUCGAUCUUGCCACCAAACAAGCGUGCACCACCCUACCACGUGCGGCUACGCCUUCCGACUUUGAUGCUCGUCACAUGGGCGCUUUUGGACCAGGCACAUUGCGCAUCACCAACGGUACGGCUUCUCCGGAUCCGAGUGUUGUAUAUCAUAGCACUGCGGAGGACUUCCGCACUGCGCCUUCAACCCCAAAUGAAGGUCACGCCAUCCAAGCCGCAUCUCGGCCUUCUGUUGACCAUCCGAGCGGGGACGACGCCACUCCCUCCACACCUCUUCCGGUGCAGGUAAUGCCGAACGCUUCUCAAGACGAUGCUACUACCGCCAGCCUCGCACAACUGGCCGCCCACUCAUUGCCGAAGCCACGGAGCAGGCGAGCCAGCGAGGCAGCCAAGUCUGGCAUCCCCGUCCCAGAGGAGAGGGACGACUCAUCGCCGCGCAUGUAUCGUCCAUUCCGCCCCGAAAGAAAUCCAGAAUCGUCGCCGUCGCGUCCGAAUACCGGCCGAUCCAGGGCUUCAACUCGAUCACAACUCCCGGUUGCCGUCGAGAGUAGCCCCUCACGCUCCAUGAACGAGAAAGAAGUCGCCCCGCAUAGUGCUGGCGAUGACCAGAAUCUAAAUGCGCCGGCUUCGAACAACAUCAUCCAAUCCGAUGAGCAGCAUGAUCCCACUCAGCAACUUCAGCUACCUCGCUUUGCCCAGAGGUGGAGUCAUCGCAUCUCCUUUCUACCACCUGAAGACGGCUUGGACACUCAACUCCCCUCCACUCCUGGAGAGAACAGUACGGCGUUGGUCAAUCUAGCCCGACGACUAAGUCUUGUGACCGAUCUUUCCAGUCGGGACAAGAACCCAGCCGUUGAAACGCCGGUCUCCGCCAAAGAGAUGCCCAAUGCACCAGCAUCGAAGCAGAAUGGCAAUCUUGACCAUGUGGCGGCUAGCAGCGACCUCAAUUCUCCAGGUGUGAACGUUGCUGCAGAUCCCAUGUCACCUGUCGUCAGGCGUGAAUCGUACCCCGAAAAGCCAGACAGUGGAUACGGCUCAGACGCUUCCAAUCAUGCGAUUGAUCGCAAAGAGCCAAAGGAAGCUGGAAUGGUUUACAGACCACUCAAUGCCCCUGCUCACCAAGCCUAUGCCGGUCUUUCCCCAAAUGCGGAUGAAGUGAGUCUGUACUCGUUCAACGCCAUCUUGAACUCGCCAUCCCUCCUGUCCGGGCUCGGGACGGCUUCUCCUCCGCAAAAUCGUGGGAGUAAGAAGCACCUUUCUUUGCUCGGCAUUAGCAAGAACAAAACACCGGAUCUCCCUGCCGUACACCAGGAUGAUACCAUGCAGAACAGCGACAUCAAACAGACACCGAAUCGAUGGUCGAAGUCGCAGAAGAAGCUACAGAAAGCCAUGCCCGCAUCCGUGCGCGCAGAACUGAAGGCUCACAAGGUGAAGCUGGAAGCCGCCAAGCACUCCAAGGAUGUCGCAGUGAUACCUGACAUACCAGUGGAUGUGGUGACUGCAUUUCACCGACGGUCCGAUAGCGAUCCUUCGAGAGAUGUGACAAUUGCACAAUCGACGCCGACAGAACCCUUAGAGCUUCUCGCUAGCCUGCCUGCAGAGCCGACCGCCACUCUUCCAGUGCUGACGGCAAUCCAACCGAGCAUGACCGGCAAUCGUAGCAUCAACACGGAGCGCAGUGGAAGUACGACACCCAGAGCGAAUGCGUACCAGCGGUCUUCCUAUCAGCCCAGCAACCUCAAUUCGGAACCCGUUGACAACCGCCCGAGUGUGGAUACUGUGCGCCACCGACCUUCGGGCAUCAAUGCAAUCGAUCCCGCCUUGUUGGCGCGCUUCAGAAGCCGCGGUAAUACGAUGGAACGCAAAGAGGAGUCGAUUGCUGUGCCGGAACCGGCUAUCCUCAAGCCUCGCCAUCUGUCAAAGGUCGACACGAGACAGUCACUGCAGCGUAGCAACGACGUUGGCGCAGAGCGGGAUCUCAGAGGUCUCCCGGGCUACGAAACGCAAAGCAUCGCGGACGCGGUCAAAAAGGCCAUGGAAGUCCAGAAGGGGUAUGAAACCGAGAGCAUUGCAGAGACGGUCAAGAAGGCAAUGGGUGCCCGCGCUUCUCGGGAUUCGCCGCAGACCGAAAGCCUCCAGACGGCGCCACUUCGCAAAUCCAAGUCGAAGAAGAGAUCAAGACUGCCACAGACUUACGAAAAGGAAGAUUCAAGCCACCACGCAGACGAAUCGAGUAAUGGCACAGCUCAGAUCGCCAAGCCAGCUCCCCUCACCGAGCCGCCAGAAGUCAGCUGGGAAGAGCACGCCAAAGCGUGGCGGGCGCGGCGGCAAUCGGCUGGGGAAGCACUCGGCCGACCGGUGCUUGAUCUGCAGGAUGACACGAACGGAAAGCCGGGAAGAAAGUCGACCUCUUCAGUACACACGAUCGUGCGCAAGCCUGUGCGAUCUAGCAUCGUCACGAAAGCAGACGAGAUAAAGACUCACCACCGUUCGGGCUCUGCUGAAGUCCACGCGGAAUUCUACCGUGAUCUUAUCGGAGGCGACGAUGCUGCAUCCGUCGUAGACCAUGGGGUCGGAUGGAGGGACUCUACCGGCACAUUUGCCACCGUUUUGGGAGACCGCGAUGCAGGCAUGAAGAGCGCUCAAUUGGACACGGCAUACCUUGCGAAAUCCUAUGUAGCCGCGGCCGUGCGCGUUGUACGCACUACGAGCGGCCGCGUCGUGACGGCUGAUGGGAACUAUCACCCUUAUUCCCCCGCCGAGGCGGAGAGGAUCAAUCUGGCGCGUGCGGUGAGUCUGGCGAAGUUGACUGGCGGUGCUAGCAGUCAGCCAAUGGUGUCUGUGUAGGGUUUGGGAACGCGAAAGGAUCUCCGAUGUAACGAAUGCCUACGUACAUAGUCGAGUUGGCAAGUAACACAAUGAUACCUACCUAGCC